GUUACUCCGUCCAUGUUUAUGGCGGACAAAUGCGCAGUAGAAGUCGUCAUAAAACUUGGAGGUUCUGCAGUUACGCACAAAAAUGUUUUUGAAACUGUCAAACGUGAGGCAAUCUUAGCUGCGGCUGAGCUGGUGAAAAAACUCCCCGCUGGAAAAUGUAUCGUCAUUCAUGGCGCUGGAUCCUUUGGACACUUUCAGGCCCAUGAGUAUGGAACAGCACAUGGAUUCUCAAAUGACACUUCAAAGGGCCGUAUUGGGUUUGCUAAAACCAGGCUCUCGGUGACCAAGCUGUUACAUAUAAUCACCGAAGUGUUUGUUGACAGUGGUAUUCCAGCAUUGGGAAUUUCACCUUGUGGAUCAUGGGUAACAAGGAAAGGCCGUGUCAACAGAGUGACAUUAAGCCCAAUCAUAGAACUUUUGCAAGAGGGUUUUGUGCCAGUUCUCCAUGGUGACUGUGUAUUGGAUGAUGCACAGGGUUGUGCUAUACUGAGUGGAGACAAAAUCAUUGAGAAACUGGUGGAAGAGCUUCGACCCAGACGAGUUGUGUUUUUGACAGAUGUAGAUGGGAUUUUUGACAAGCCUCCAGAAAAACCAGAUGCAUCAUUACUUAGAGAAGUGUUUGUUAAAUCCGAUGGGGGAUUUUCUAACGCCAUAACAACAUCAAGCCUUGAACAUGACGUCACAGGUGGUGUUCGCGGCAAGCUUCAAACAGCUUCUAAUAUCAUUCAUCUUUCUGAAGGAAAUACGCGGGUAUUUGUCUUGAAUAUAAUGUCGGGAUCUGAUGCAUACUCUGUUUGUGCUUUGGGUGUUCUGGAAGGUAAAGGGACAGAAAUAUUGGCAGAAAACGUUUAGAGCCCCGUAAAUUUUACCUCAGUGAAUUCUGAUGUAAGGUCUUCCGAAAACCUCGUCUUCGUCGCUCUUGUAAUGCCUGGUAGUCAAACAAGGCUCAGUUUUAGAGAUAAGACUCCCUUGCCAUGUGAAAAACAACCGAUGUACGUAUUUUUGAUACAAUAACUAAAAUAAAACGACAGAAUAAAUUUAGUAUACAAGGCUAUUGACAAGAAAGAGGCUAAGGUGUACAACGUUUGGUGUACAGUAAUCAUUUCUUCCUAAGCUUAAAUAUAUGUUUUUUCCUAAACAACAAACAUGGUGAGAUUCCUAAGUGAUACUUCUUGGUAGUUUUUUUUAAUCAAUUUUGCUUCGUUUUUCAUUUAUAAUUUAAGUUGGUUUAUAUGGACGAUACACAAAGAAACUUAAAAAGGGUUACGGUUUUUAAGAGGACGUGUGAAUUUUCAUGUUAAAUUCCAACUGUUAGCAGUUUUGUCGCGUUAGAUUGACUAUUGUCUCAAAAUAAUAAACAGGAUUCUCUGGUUACAUAGUGAGCAUUGUGGCAUUUUGUAUUCAUAUGAGGGUUAAUUGAGGUGUAAUGUUCCCUUAGUUAAUGCAUAAUACGACUGGUCUAGUUUUUCACUUGUCCUUGUU